AUGAAUACAUCAGUAUUGUCAGGAAGCACCUAUUUCGAAACUUGCCUCAAACACUGGCAGGAACCUUAUCUCUGCAUAUGUGGAUCUGAGUUCAAGACUACCAAUGGCGAAGCACCAAAGAAUAUUCCUGUCAAUGCCUACGGAAUUGAAAAAGUCACUUUAGUCGAGACUGGGGAAACUAAAAAUGUAUACCAAUGUGCGGACAAUGCCACAUCAACAAGACAAAUCGACCAGCGACUUCCCUUGAUUCUUGUAAUUAAUGUUACAGGAAUUAGUAUUGAUGAUAAAGGAGUAUAUCUUCAGAACAAGGAUCUAUCUGAAGAAAUCAGUUUUCCCUAUGAGGAUCACGUUAUGGCAAAAAGGUAUCACCUAGCUGGAGUUUCAUAUUGCAAUGGAAGCCAUCACAUUGCUGACAUCUACUUUAAGAAAACUAAGAAUAUAGGCUGGUAUCAAUACGAUGGAUUAGAGAAGAUCUAUCAUGCAAGAGCCAUGUGUAUUGGACGCUCACAUCCAUUACUAAAAAAUGGGUAUACUAUGAACUUUGUCAUUUAUGCAAUGAUCUGA